AUGGCCGGUCUUAUGGCAUCCCUCGGCCCAGAACAGCGAGUUAUGCUUGUACUGGCGGAUGACGAGGACAGCGACAGCUCAUGUGACGAGAGCACAGAUUACGCAGACUCCGAUAUCAAAUCAGACGCCCUACCUCAACCUAGACAAGUCGUUCAACUAUCUCAUUUACCAAGCUGGCUGGCAACGUCUGUGAAGAGGUUGAUGAUGCGUCAGUGCUUCGCCUGGCGCUUGGGAUGUGUUCAGGUCUUCUUCGAGGUCAUCGUCCACGACCUGCUGAGUGUAUCGUUCCUUGAGGGCUGUGAUCAGCAGAUCGAGAUACGCGUGCGGAAAACAAACAACUGA